AAAAGAUAAAUAUUUGACACUUAUUGUUCCGCGACAUCACUCGAAUUCCAGAUUAAUGAUGAAGAAUUUACGCUUACGUCGUCAUGACUCGAAGAGUCGGGAGCACCAUGGAAUCCAAAAGUUUACUAUAUUUUUCAGCUUUGGAAACCUUUAUCAUAUAGUUGGUGUCUCCGAUUGUUAA